GCCUCCACUGCCCAUUUCUCCCAUUUUGCCUUCCUUGAUAAGCACUUCUCCAGCAUUCCUUGUCGUUUGCUACUUUUUGUUUUUAAUCUUGGGUCGAGUCUAUCGGUUUGGUCAUCAGGCCCACAUGAGUUUUCGCAUUGUGGAGGUUGUGUUGAAUUUCAAGAUGAUUCAAAGCGCGCAGGUGCCGCAGAGAUAAUUCCAGAUUUCGAUACUCGCGCUCAUCCUGCCAUCGAAGAGCUCGUCUGCUAUUGCUUCAUUGUCGUUGCGGAAAAUGGGAGCUAGCGAUCAGAGGGUGCUGAGUUACGGAGAUGUGUUGCUGCGGGUGUCGGAUGUUUCGCUCUUGGAUGGGCCGCACUAUCUGAACGACCAUAUUAUUGAGUUUUUUUUCAACUAUCUGGACAGGCAGUUUUGCAGUUUCACGGGUUGUCAUGAGAAUGAGACUUCUCCUUUGCUCCUGGUCGGGCCAACGCUCACAUUUUGGUUGUUGCACUGUCCUGAUUCCGAAGGACUUUUGGCCACUAUCCAACCUAUGUCGUUACACGAGCGUGAGAUGGUGAUAUUUGCAGUGAACAACAAUGAGGAUGUGGAAACAGCAGAGGGUGGGACGCAUUGGACUCUACUUAUGUACAACAGGCAAAGAAAUACAUUCGAGCAUUUUGAUAGUAUGGCUGGAACCAACUGGAAACAAGCUCGAGACCUUGUACAUAUUAUCAAGCCAUUCAUGGGUCCAGUUGCAGCCUCAGCUAAAUUCAUCGAGCAGGCAACCCCCCAACAGGAGAAUAAUUACGACUGUGGAGUAUACGUGAUGGCUAUAGCACAGGUGCUUUGCAAUGCAUUCUGUGAAAGGAAGAGAGGCAGAUCAACUGAUUACGCAGGAUUGGUUCGAACUACGGUCACACCAUCCAAUGUGAGCAAGAUGCGGUACACGACAAUGGAGCUUAUACAUUCAUUGUCUGCCAAUGAAGAGGACAGGAAUGCUCAAUAAGAAGAGUAGGACUCGACAUCAUGUUGGCAAGACAUCUGUGCAUAUGUGUUGAAGUUGGACGUUGGAAGAUGGUUCUAUCAUUAAGCGAGAACUACCAUAGUUCUAACAGUGGGGUACCUUUCGCGUUUGAAGUUGAAGUUGAAGUUGAAGUAUCCUGAGCCAGUCAGAUUUUAGGUAGGUUUAGACUUCCCGGUUCAAAUAGUUGUUUGCUACAUGCAAAUUCAAGGUUACAGAUUUUGCUAGAAACCUGUACAAAAACAAUUUUCUUUUGGCAAAUUUCUGUUAGGUUCAAUUAGUUCACAAUGUCCCCACAUAUCAGUGCUCUCAUGUACUCUUAUAUAGAUUUUGUGUCUUAUUAAGAGGACAUGCUGUCUAGACAUCAACAUCUGCGUAUACUUGAUUUAACCUUCCAGUUAGACUUGCGUGAUUCUACAAAGUCUUCUUGUGUACUUAUGAAAGAUGGUAGCUAGUUGAAAUUUUUCAUCAAUAAACCUAGAAUCUUCCGAAUUCCAAAUUGAAGCUACAUGUUCCAGUAUUUUCUUGCCUUAAUCGUGGAGGAAUCAUAUCCGUGUGCCAGUAUGAAGGAAAGUUGCAGUGUGCCACUCCUGAUACAAGAACUGGAAAGGCGGAGAGGACAGCAUCCAAGUUAAAAAUUAGUGCAAAUUAACAUCGCUGGUUUACAACUCGAAUCAUGUUUAUGGGUCGCCGUAGGAAUAGAAAUAUCAUGUGGCUCUGGAGAUUAGAUACUGGCGAGAGAAGAUACAGAAUCAGUUUGAUCGAGAAGUCAUAGAGGUUUAAGUAGAAGACUCUUGAUUCAGGGAGAACCCUGGAUUGAAUACAACAAAGUCAGAACAUGAGUUUGCAGAAGAUGAAAUAUAUGACUCGGGAUUUGUAGAGACUCCACAACUGAAUGCUGGUCGUUACAAGUAU